AUGUUUGUAGACAAAUGGGAACCUGGAGUGGUACUUGUCAAGCCAGAGCUCACCUCAGCUCCCAUUUGGCUCGAGCUAAGGAAGGUCCCCUUUCAGUUCUUCAAUGAAGACGGAUUGGAAUGGAUUAUGGGACUGGUUGGUCACCCUGAGUUCCUUCAUCCAGCGACUGCUAAAAAGACUAAUCAGGAAGUUGCCAAAGUUUUUACUGUCAUUGAUCCCAGGAAGCCUCUCCCGGAGGCGGUAAAUGUUCAGUUUGACUCCGGAGAAAUCUGUAGAGUGUUGGUAUCAAGUCCUUGGAUGCCUCCGGUUUGUGACCUUUGCAAGGAGAUUGGCCACAUUUCCAAGCGCUGUCCGAAAAUCUCCAAGACCUGUGCGUACUGCAAGUCCCCUGAUCAUGCUCUACGUCACUGUCCAAAGAAGGUUAGGCAGGAGGGCCAAGGAAAAAAGACUAGGCGUGGAAGAUCAAAGGACAAAAGGGCUGAGGCAGGUGUUAGUUACAACUCUAUUUCGCCUCGUUCUACCCCUACAAAUGACCAGGAGCAUCCUCAAGUUCAGAAGUCUUUGGCUGGUGGAGGUGAACUCAAGUGUAUUCCAACGACCUCCCCUGCCAACCAAGUCAUUACUUCAGGUUCUCUACAGGUGGAGGUUGCUACGAACUCCAAGCUCGGAACAACAACUGAUAGGGUAAGUGGCGAGACUAGCGGCACUGUUCCGAUUGCGCAAAGAGAGCUGCCAAGGAGUAGCUCCCGCUCUGAUCAGUCUGACGUCCAACCAGACUCCUCGGACGUGGAGUCCUCUGACUCUGAACUUGAAGAAGGUGAGUUCAGCAAACAUGAACCGGAUUUUGAAGUCGUGCGGAACAUGAAAAGAUUCUCAGGUCAGAAAGGGAAACGAGGCAGGGGCCCCAAAAUCAAUUAA